AUGAUUGAUGACCAAAAAAAUGGACAGCGUGUAUGGGUAAUUGAUGUGCACACUAUAAGCAUAACUCUAUCGUUUAUGAAUCUAGACUUGCAGGAUGUACUACUGAAGGGAGUAUCAUUACGUCUUACUGCCUAUUCGGCACCGGCGCUUCAAGCGGUAUCCAACCUCAAGUUAAUCGCUUUCCAGUGUCAAGGCGUCAAGCUGCAAAUAUUUGGAACCAAGCAUGUUUCUCAGAAACAUUCGGCCAGUUAUAAUAAGGGUGUCUUUGCUGUACCAAAAAUUGUAAAUAACUUAACGUCUUUCGCCCAAACUCUGGCUGAUACCUUGUCCUUAAAACGUCUGGUGUACUUGAAUUAUCGUAAAAUUGGUAUUAUUCUUGAAGCAAAAAGACAACACGAUAUAGAGCUCAUGCAUCUGAAGGGAUGUGACACAUGA